AUGAUUAUUAAGGUCAUUGGAUUUUCAUACUCAACAAAUACUCUCAGAGUUCUUUCAUGUCUUAAUGAAUUAGGUAUUCCAUACCAACUCGACGCUCCAGCUAAUUUUGCGGUUACAAAAGAAGAGGAUUAUCUCGCUAAUAAACACCCUUUUGGAAAAAUUCCAGUUCUUUAUGAUGGAGAUUACAAAAUUGCCGAAUCUCGCGCAAUUUGUCGUUAUUUAGUAUCUAAAUACCAAGGCAAAUAUAAUAAUACGAUCUUAAUCCCUAACGAUAUUCACGAAGCUGGAUUAGUUGAAGAAUUCAUCUCUUAUGAAGCAUUUUAUUAUGAACCACCGGCUUCAAAAAUCGUAUAUUAUGAAUUAUUUUUAAAAACUCCGGAGUCUGAAAUAGUUAAGCAGGCCCUUAAGGAAAUUAAUAAGGUUUUAGAUGUUUUUGACAAGCUUUUAGAAGGAAAAGAAUAUUUAAAUGGUGGAUUUUCUUUAGCUGAUCUUUUUUAUUGUCCUUGUGCAUAUUAUAUCUAUUCUACUCAUGCUGAUCUGUGGGAUAAAAGGCCUAAUGUUAAAAAAUGGUUGGAUAGGUUAAGAAAUAGAGAUGCUUGGAAAAUGUCCUUGGAAAAGAAAAAUAAAUUAUAG